CCUUUACCACAAGCAUUGCCGAUCUACUCUAUAACCUGUUUAAUGUUUCGGAGUUAUUCCACUCAGUUAUUUUCAAAAUUUUUUUCAUUAACAGUAACUUCUCGUUGGGUAUCCAAAAUGCCGAAUAUUAAAAUAGGAACGCACAGUGGAUGUUUCCAUUGUGAUGAGGCUUUAGCCUGUUUUAUGUUAAAGCAGCUGCCAGCUUAUAGUGAUGCCAGCAUUGUUAGAUCCAGGGAGAAAGAAAUUUUGGAUGGUUGUGAUAUUGUCGUGGAUGUGGGAGGUGAAUAUGAUCCGAAUAAACACCGGUAUGACCAUCACAUGAGGGAAUUCACAGAUACUGUUCAAUCAGUCAUGAAGAGGGAUGAUUGUAAUUGGGAUAUUAAAUUGAGCAGUGCCGGCCUGAUUUACUGUCAUUUUGGUCACCAAGUCAUUCGACAGAUGGUCCCUGAAAUUCUUGAUGACGAUGAUAUUCAUAAUAUAUUCAAGCAUGUUUACAAUUCUUUGAUAAAAGAAGUCGAUGCUAUUGAUAAUGGAGUGCCCAUGUUCGAUGGUGAACCCAAGUACUAUAUCACCACGAACCUGGGGGCAAGAGUGUCUAGGCUCAAUCCCAGUUGGAAUUCAGUUGGUCUGGAACCCGAUGUGCAAUUUUCCAAGGCCAUGGAACUCUGUGGAGAGGAAUUCAAGUAUCAUGUUAAUUAUGCUGCCAGUGUGUGGCUUCCAGCGAGAGCGAUUGUCAAACAAACUGUCGAAAAUAGAUUUCAGGUUGAUCCCAGUGGAGAAAUCCUAGAGCUUCCUAAAGCUGUGCCAUGGAAAGACAUUUAUUUCGAGCUGGAGAAAACUUCACCCAUUGACCCACUCCCCAAAUAUGUUAUUUUUCAAGACAACAGUUGGCGAGUGCAGGCUAUACCUGUCGGUCUCGGAAGCUUCAUCUGUCGACUUUUUUUGCCUGAAGCCUGGGCAGGUCUGAGGGACGAUGAAUUAAGUAAAGUAUCAGGAAUUGAGGAUUGUGUUUUUGUCCACUCGGUGCGAUUUAUCGGAGCGAACAAGACCAGAGCAGGGGCUCUGGCAAUGGCAAGGAAAGCUCUACAAAUAGGAAAAUGUCAAUCCAGCGAGUAGAUGAAUUUUAAACAAUUGUCACCUGUCUGAUUGCUUCAAGCAAAUAAAUCAAUAUUUUUCAAAAAAAAA